AUGCCGUGGUCUUUCGCUCUCCCGCAAGCUAUUUUUGCCUCACCGCUGCUCGCGGUCGGGACUCCCAUCGUGGGAGGCACCGCUAUCGCGCUUCUCACCAACCGGAACGCAACUCAGGUCACCUAUCGCAAGCUGCGGCAACCCCCUUUUAGCCCCCCGGGUUGGCUCUUCGCGCCCGCAUGGACCAUCCUCUACGGAAUGAUGGGAUACGCUUCUCAUCACGCAACAACGGUCGCCCACGAUUCCCUCUCGUUGGCUGUGCGCGAUAGCAACGCGACCGCCCAGACCCUGUAUACGACCCAGCUGGCGCUAAACUUCCUGUGGAUGCCGUUGUUCUUCGGGGUGGGGCGACCGGCCGCGGCCCUCGGUGAUAUGGCUUUGCUCAUUGGCAACGUGAGCCUGCUGUUGGCUAACUGGUGGUCGGCGGAUCGCACGGCCUUCUGGCUGAUGACUCCCUACUAUGCAUGGUUGGGAUAUGCCUGCUAUCUGAACGCAGGCACAGGAUAUCUGAAUGGCUGGACACUUCCAGGGAAGCAGCGCUCGGAAUAA